GCUUUUAGCUUUUCCUUGCAAAUCAUGCGAAACCAAAGCUUCGUAACUGAGUUUGUCCUCCUGGGGCUUUCGCAGAAUCCCAGUGUUCAGAAAAUAGUAUUUGUUGUAUUCUUGUUCAGCUACAUUGCAACUGUCGGGGGCAACUUGCUAAUUGUGGUGACCGUCAGCAGCAGCCCAGCACUCCUGGGCUCCCCCAUGUACUUCUUCUUGGCCUUCCUGUCCUUCCUCGAUGCUUGCUUCUCCACUGUCAUUGCCCCAAAGAUGAUUGUGGACUCCCUCUAUGAGAGGAAAACCAUCUCCUUUGGAGGUUGCAUGACCCAGCUCUUUGCUGAACACUUCUUUGCUGGGGUGGAAGUGAUUGUCCUCACAGCCAUGGCCUACGACCGCUAUGUGGCCAUCUGCAAGCCCCUACGCUACACAUCCAUUAUGAACUGGAGGCUCUGUACCAUUCUGAUGGGUGUAGCCUGGACAGGGGGUUUUCUGCAUUCCAUGAUACAAAUUCUCUUUACUUUCCAGCUUCCCUUCUGCGGCCCCAAUGUCAUUGAUCACUUCAUGUGUGAUUUGUACCCAUUAUUGGAGCUUGCCUGCACUGACACUCACAUCUUUGGCCUUUUGGUGGUCGCCAAUAGUGGGUCUAUCUGCAUUAUAAUCUUCUCUCUGUUACUCAUCUCCUAUGUUGUCAUCUUGCUCUCUCUGAGAACCCAUAGUCCUGAAGGGCAGCGGAAAGCCCUCUCCACGUGCGGAUCUCACAUUGCUAUUGUGGUCUUGUUCUUUGUCCCUUGCAUAUUUGUGUAUGCACGACCUCCAUCUUCUUUCUCUUUUGACAAAAUGGUGGCUAUAUUUUACACCAUCCUAACUCCCUUGCUCAAUCCUUUGAUUUACACUUUCAGGAACAAGGAAAUGAAAAAUGCCAUAAAGAAAAUGUGGAACAGAAUAAUGGUGGUUUGUAGUGACAAAUAA